AUGCCCUCCCUUUCGACCUCCCUCCUCCUUUUGGGAGCCGCAGCCUCCCAAGUCUUGGCUCACUCCCACCUCGCCCACAUCCUCGUCAACGGCGUGCUCUACAACGGCUUCGACCCCCGCCCCAACAUCGCCAACUUCCCCAACCGGGUAGGCUGGUCCUCCUCCAACGCCGACGACGGCUACGUCGGCCCGGCAGAGUACGCCUCGGCCGAGAUCAUCUGCCACAAGUCCGGCGCUCCCCCCUCGGCCCACGCCCCCGUUCGGGCGGGGGAAAAGGUUCACAUCCAGUGGAACGGCUGGCCGAUCGGCCACGUCGGCCCGGUGCUGGCUUACAUCGCCCCCUGCCUCAACACCGCUGACGGGUGCGGAUCUGUCUCCAAGACAAACCUCCGCUGGACCAAGCUCGACGACUCCGACCCUGUCCUCGUGCCGGGAGAGCCAGGGACAUGGGGAAGUCCGGCGGGGAAGUGGGCGACGGACGUGAUGAUCGCGAGGAAUAACUCGUGGCAGGUGGAGAUCCCGCGUGGGUUGAAGCCGGGACCCUAUGUCCUCCGUCACGAGAUCAUCGCGCUUCACUUUGCCAAGGACAAGGGAGGCGCGCAGAAUUACCCGGUUUGUAUGAACCUUUGGGUGGAGGCGCCUGUGCCGGCUGUGCCGGUCCCGCAACCGUUCAAGCUGGACAGUUUCGAUGCGAGGGGGUUCUACAAGGAGACGGACGAGGGGAUUUUGAUUGAUGUGUCGACGAGCUUGACGGGGUAUGUGGUUCCCGGGCCGACGGUGGCGCCUCAGGCGAGGCCGGUGGGGCAUGAGCAGCAACAGCAGAUGAUGAGCCGGGCGGAUGGGACGCCGGUUGUUGUGGUGAGGAGUACGGUUACGCAGAAGUGGACCGGUGGUGCUGUGAAGAGGACUGAGGCGCCGGUGGUGAAUAAGGGGAGGUAUUUUAGGGGUUAG